UCCCAGACGAAUGCGAUAGAUGUUGUGUGUGUGUGUGUGUGUGUGUGUGUGUGUGUGUGUGUGUGUGUGUGUGUGUGUGUGUGUGUGUGUGUGUGUGUGUGUGUGUGUGUGUGUGUGUGUGUGUGUGUGUGUGUGUGUGUGUGUGUGUGUGUGUUUUGUUUAGACCCCACCACGCGCCUGGCGUCAAUGUGUCUCAACGUCAGCUGGAGAGCUGCCUUGGAGACUGGCCACAGGCGGGCUGUCGGGUGUAAUGUUGCGGCGGUUUGCAUGUUUGUUCGGCCGAUGCAUUGUGGUUGGCAGACAAACCGUUAUCCACUGGCUGAAUCUUCAAACAAUACAUGAUUAGAGAUGUCGGAAUAUGUCGUAUCAAAAAGUGUCGUAUCAAAAAGUGUAUUUUUUUUUGUGAGCUUGUUUUGAGUGUGUUCUCAUGUUUUAUUAGGACUUCACUGUAUUGGAUGGGAACAUUUGAAUUCGAUUAUUCAUUAUGUCCCUGCAUCAUUACAGGCUCAAUUCAGAUUACGAAAGUGAAUUGGUACCACAUUUUGACAUGUGGUAGCCUAUGUUGUCUUGAUCCAGGAGUAAAUAGAAGAAAAUACUUUUGUAGACUAUUCAUUUACGUGGUAGCCUACAUUGCACAACAAGAGCCCUGUUCGAGAUAAAACGCACACGCACGCACGCACGCACAGCUCAGUAAGUUUGACACAAAACAUUAACCGAGGGAUGCCAAGUCCUUUAGACAGAGCCCAACGAUGCUUGACGGUUGGACGAAUAGGUCAAUAAAACCCCCAGCUUUUCCGAUGACCUCAUCGAGUCCAGGUGGCCAUUGUCGCACCGUGCUGGUACACAGCGCGCUCACUAACUGCGCGACCUCAUCGCACGGCAGGUGACCUCAAAUAAAGCAGAGCAGCUCCAGUUUCCCUCCCAGUUGAACACACCUCUGGCCUCAAAUGUGAGAUUUUUCUCCACUGGGAAACAAUCAGUUGCCGUAAAACAAAGAACCAACGACGAAUGAGAAACACCCUUAGAUAUAUAGGAACCCCUCGUUGGUGCAGACAGGACAGGGUCAAUCUAACCCAACGCCUUAGUAAUACCAAAAUACCUAUAUGGGAUAUGACUAUACAAUGUUAUAGUGGGUCUACAGGAUGUUUAUAAUGUAAUUAUCCAACAUUACAUUGGAGAGUAUGUGCAUUGCAGGGUUUGGAAAAUCAAACCAUCAAAUGUAUCGUUAGUCUAUGCAUUAAGUGUCUUAAUGUCCCUGCUUGUAUUUGUCUGGAGAUGCACUAGGGCCCCAGGGAGAGGCAGGGCUGCGAUUGGUUUAUUUUGAGGGGCGUACAGCAUCCCCUCCGUACUAAUAAGUCAUACUGCAAGCCAUUAUCACCAUACUAUCAGGCUGGCUGGCGCUGAACAGGGGGGAGUGGGUUCUAUAGCGCUGCUGGUCUGUGUUGGAUGGCUGUGUGAUGGUGGGGGGUGAGGGGUUUGGCAGGCUGGCUGCUGGUAUUUGCCAUUAGACAGAGAGGCAAUAAAAAGCCAUUCUCUGUGUCUCUGCGAGUCCCUCCCCUCGCCUGGCUGCUCCGCUGAGGCCGGGGCGUAGAGUGAGGAGGGAGCUGAGGGGUAGGAGACGAGUCCCCGUCCGUGAGCCCAGAUCUUCUGCAGGAGCCCGGGAUGAAUGGAGCCCUGCCUAAUGGACAGCUGGCUGUUGAAUCUCUCUGGAGACUGUUGAGGACGGUUGGAGAUUUUUAGAUAUUGACUGUUGACUCUGGGGUCGCCUCUGAAGUGUCUCCAAUCGGUGGUUCGCAUCCUCCAGGAAGGGGUGGAUAACAGCUUGAUUGCUUUUGGUUUGUAUGUAUGCCUGUGGACAUCGGCUUGUCUUCGGACAGGUAACAAGGUCUUCCACCGUUGCCAUGGCUACUUCAGCCCAGGGGUGGUGGUUGCGUGUCGCGCUUGCCUCCGUCGUGUUGGCGCUGGCGUCUUCUUCAGAAGACUAUGAGCACUUCAAUCCAGGCGUUUGUCGCUAUGCUCUGGGGAUGGAGGAUGGCACCAUCCCUGACUCUGACAUCACCGCCUCCAGCUCCUGGUCGGACUCCACCGAAGCCAAGCAUGGAAGGUUGAGUAAAGGAGAGGGAGACGGCGCCUGGUGUCCAGCAGGAGCCGUCUUCCCGAGUGCCACAGAGUACCUGCAGGUGGAUCUGCACCAGCUCCACUUCCUGGCGCUGGUGGGCACGCAGGGUCGCCAUGCCGACGGCCACGGACAGGAGUUUGCUCGGAGCUACCGGCUGCGUUACUCCAGAGACGGCGUCAAGUGGAUCACAUGGCGGGACCGCUCCAGCCAGGAGGUGGUGUCAGGUAAUGAGAACACGUACGAUGUGGUCCUGAAGGACCUCGGCCCCCCCAUCGUGGCCCGCAUGGUGCGCUUCUACCCCCUGGCCGACCGGGUCAUGAGCGUCUGCCUCCGCGUUGAGCUCUACGGCUGCCUGUGGAAUGACGGACUUAAGGCGUACACGGCUCCAGUAGGUCAUGUGAUGCAGCUGUCCGGGAUGCCCGUGUACCUGAACGACUCUACCUAUGAUGGAGGCCUGGAGCAGGGGGUGCAGUUCGGAGGCCUGGGCCAGCUGUGUGACGGGGUGCUGGGGGAGGACGACUUCUGCGAGACCAAGGAGCUGAGGGUGUGGCCGGGCUACGACUACCUGGGCUGGAGCCGCGACAUGCUGGGGCAGGGCGGCGUCGCCAUCGAGUUCCACUUUGAGAAGCCGCGCGUCUUCCACUCCAUGCAGGUGCACAGCAACAACCGUCACACCCAGGGCGUGCGCGUCUUCAACCGGGUGGAGUGCCUCUUCAAGGCCACGCUGCUGAAGGAGUGGAGCUCCCCGGCGCUGGUGCUGGCGGUGCCCCUGGAGGACCUGAAGGACCCCUCGUCGCGGCCCAUCUCCCUGCCGCUGGGCGCGCAGACCGCCCAGAUCCUGAGCUGCACCUUCUUCUUCGCCGACCGCUGGCUCCUCAUCAGCGAGAUCUCCUUCUUCUCCGAGCCGUACAGUGCCGACGCCACGGAGAAGUCUUCCUUCCCGCCCCGCCACGCUCCUCCUCCUCCCCCAUCUCCCUCAACCACGCCCCCUCCGCCCGUACUCCUCAGCUCCCACGUUCCCACGUCCGGCUACAACGCGUCCAACGCCACCACGGAACCAUCUGACCCCCCCCUGACCACUGGCUUCGGGAUGAACGGAACAGCAAACGGCUCCCUAGCAGGUUCCAACUUUGCUGACAUCACUCCCAGGGCGGGACUUCCCGUGGCCAAGGACGACAGAAGUAACACCGCCAUUCUCAUUGGCUGCCUGGUGGGCAUCAUCCUGCUGCUAUUGGCCAUCAUAGCUGUCAUUCUCUGGAGGCAGUACUGGAAAAAGAUAUUGGGCAAGGCCCAUGGCAGCCUGUCCAGUGAUGACCUGCGCGUUCAUCUGUCAGUGCCCUCCGACCACGUGGUCAUCAACAACACACACAGCUACUCCAGCCGCUACCAGCGCAUACACACCUUCCCCGAGGAGCGGGAGCGGGAGGGCGAGGGCGAGUACCAGGAGCCCACCGCCCUGCUGCGACCCAGGAACCACCGGGACCGAGACAGCACCGCCUUGCUGUUAAACAACCCAGCCUAUCACCUGCUCCUGUCAGAUCAGAGCGACGCCGCACGGCCCCUGGCCGUCCCGGGCCACUCUCCGGCUCAGGAGAAGAGCCUCAAUGUGCCCCAGGCGUGUGCCAUGGACCGGGACGACCUGGAGAAGGGCUUCCCCCCUUCCCAAGAGGAGCCCCCCCCAUACCCGGGCUCCCCCCCCUACCCCUCCCUGUCUCCCCCCGUGUCUCCGCCGCAGCCCCCCAGCGUGCCCCACUACGCCGAGGCGGACAUCGUCAACCUGCAGGGUGUCAGCGGCAACAACACAUACGCCGUGCCCGCCCUGGCCUCGCCGGGCCCCGGGGCCGACGGCGGGCCCCUGCCCGAGCUUCCCCGCCAGUGCCUCGUCUUCAAGGAGAAGCUUGGCGAGGGACAGUUUGGAGAGGUGCACCUGUGUGAAAUCGAGAGCCCUCAAGAUCUGCCCAACCUGGAGUUCCCCUUCAACGUGAGGAAAGGGCGCCCUCUCCUGGUCGCCGUAAAGAUACUGCGCCCCGAUGCAUCCAAGAACGCCAGGAACGACUUCCUGAAGGAGGUGAAGAUCUUGUCGCGGCUGAAGGAUCCCAACAUCAUCAGUCUGCUGGGCGUGUGUGUGAGCAGCGACCCACUCUGCAUGGUCACAGAGUACAUGGAGUCAGGGGACCUCAACCAGUACCUGUCCCAGCGCGCCCUGCUCGACAAGUCCGGGCCCUCGCACAACGCCCCCACCAUCAGCUACCCGGCCCUCAUCGCCAUGGCGGGCCAGAUCGCGUCGGGGAUGAAGUUUCUGGCGUCGCUGAACUUCGUCCACCGGGACCUGGCCACCCGGAACUGUCUGGUGGGCGGCGAGAAGGGCGAGGGCGGGGACGAGCGUGGCGGGGAGCGCCCCAUCAAGAUCGCAGACUUUGGGAUGAGCAGGAACCUGUACGCCGGGGACUACUACCGCAUCCAGGGCCGCGCGGUGCUGCCCAUCCGCUGGAUGGCCUGGGAGUGCAUACUCAUGGGGAAGUUCACGACAGCCAGCGACGUGUGGGCGUUCGGCGUGACGCUGUGGGAGAUGCUGAGCGUGUGCCAGGAGCAGCCGUACUCCAACCUAACGGACGAGCAGGUGAUCGACAACGCUGGGGAGUUCUUCAGGAACCACGGCAGACAGGUGUAUCUGAACAAGCCGGCCUGUGUCCCCAGGGGUCUCUACGAGCUCAUGUUGAGCUGCUGGAACAGAGACUGCAAGCUGCGCCCCUCGUUCACACCACAUCCACUCCUUCCUCACCGAGGACGCCAUGAACAUGGUGUUGAUUGGACGACGCAAUGCGCAAAAGACAUAUAAAUACGGAAAAGAGAGGCAUGGCCUAGUUAAGCCUUUUUCUUUGCUACAGCUGGCGGGUGGCAGUAGGUGUGUGUGUGUGGUGGCAGGAGAUUCAGGCGGAGUACAUCCUGUUUGUACUCUCCUCUGCGUCUGGGGCGGACGGGGCUUUGACACCGCUGGAUCGGUUUUCAUGUCCGGGAAAUGGCCUCCACUCCAUAAC